AUGGCAGCAGCUCCCGCUAGAGCUCGUGCCGAUUACGAUUACCUCAUCAAGCUUCUUCUUAUCGGCGAUAGCGGUGUGGGGAAGAGUUGUCUGCUUUUGAGAUUUUCUGAUGGUUCCUUCACAACCAGUUUUAUCACUACUAUUGGUAUUGAUUUCAAGAUAAGAACGAUUGAACUUGAUGGCAAACGCAUUAAGUUGCAAAUCUGGGAUACAGCUGGUCAGGAGAGAUUCAGAACUAUUACUACAGCUUAUUACCGUGGAGCCAUGGGUAUCUUGCUGGUUUAUGAUGUUACUGAUGAAGCAUCUUUCAAUAAUAUUAGGAAUUGGAUUCGCAAUAUUGAACAACAUGCUUCUGACAAUGUAAACAAGAUACUUGUGGGAAACAAGGCUGAUAUGGAUGAAAGUAAAAGGGCUGUACCUACCUCCACAGGUCAAGCUCUUGCUGAUGAGUAUGGUAUCAAGUUCUUUGAAACUAGUGCAAAAACAAACAUGAACGUGGAGGAAGUUUUCUUUUCAAUAGCAAGAGACAUCAAGCAAAGGCUUGCAGACACAGAUUCUAGAUCCGAGCCUCAAACUAUCAAGAUUAACCAACAAGAUCCGGCAGCGAAUGGUGGUCAAGCUGCAACAAAAUCAGCUUGCUGCGGUUAG